UGUUGUUGUCGGGCCGGCCGUUGUUUGGGUCUCGAGCGGGGCCGGGCUCCGGGGAGCGGUGAGGAUCGGGUUGCCGGGGCCCGGCAGGUGGAGGUGAGAGACUCCGGCUGCGGCUCCUCUACCGGGGCCUGGUUGGCCAGCUUGAACAAUGAUUUGGACUUAGAACCAUAAAAAGCAGGAGAGAGGAGGAUCCGUGAGCAAAACAUCUAUAUUUGGAAGCCUGUUUCAUCCAGCAGCUCUCAGGGACAGCCCCGCAGCAGCCUUGGUGCAGACAAGAGGAUGAAAUCGCACUCUCGGUGGGGGACUAAACAUGGAGAUACGCUGCGGCGGCCUCUUGUUCAGUUCCAAGUUUGACUCAGGGAACCUGGCCCAUGUGGAGAAGGUGGAACACCAGGAAGGAGAAGGGGACGUAGCUGGGAACAACAGCAGCAGCACUACUGUGUCUGCGGUGUUUGGCAGCUCCCUGCCCACGGCUGACUAUGAAUUCAAUGUGUGGACCAAGCCUGACUGUGCUGAAACGGAGUAUGAAAAUGGGAACAGAUCCUGGUUUUAUUUCAGUGUGAAGGGAGGAGCGCCAGGCAAGCUGAUCAAAAUCAACAUCGUGAACAUGAACAAGCAGAGCAAACUCUAUUCCCAAGGCAUGUCGCCUUUCGUUAGGACCCUGCCUGUCAGGCCCCGCUGGGAGCGCAUCCGGGAGCGGCCCACCUUCGAGAUGAUGGAGACCCAGUUUGUGCUGUCCUUUGUGCACCGCUUCCUGGAGUACCGUGGCACCACCACCUACUUUGCCUUCUGUUACCCCUUCUCAUACACGGAGUGCCAGGAGAUGUUGGCACAGCUGGACAGCCGCUUCGAGGAGUGUAAAUACAUGUCACCCAGCAGCACCCUCGACUCCAUCUAUUACCAUCGAGAGCUGCUGUGCCACUCCCUGGACAAUCUGCGGGUGGACUUGCUCACCGUCACCUCGUGCCAUGGCAUGAGGGAGGAGCGCGAGCCCAGGCUGGACAACGUAUUCCCUGACGAAGCCACUCCUCGUCCGCAUUGCUUUGCAGGGAAGAGGGUCUUCUUCCUGAGCAGCAGAGUUCACCCAGGGGAAACGCCCUCCAGCUUCGUCUUCAAUGGCUUCCUGGAGUUCAUCCUGCGGGAGGACGAUCCCCGAGCCCAGAUGCUGAGGCGCAUGUUUGUCUUCAAGCUCAUCCCCAUGCUGAACCCGGAUGGCGUGGUGCGAGGCCAUUACCGAACCGAUGCCCGGGGGGUGAACCUGAACCGCCAGUAUCUGAGCCCUGAUGCAGAGCUGCACCCUGCUGUGUUCGGAGCCAAAGCCGUGCUCCUUUACCAUCACAUCCACAGCCGUGGCCCAUCCGGCGCUCCCGACUGGAGGGCACAUGCCUCCCCGCUCACCUCCACCUCGCUAAGCACAAAAUCUUCCCACCAUUCCAUCUACAACUGCACCCUGGCCCCGGAGGCUCCUCUGUCGGAGCUGGAGAAAGCCAACAACCUCCGCAACCACCCCAGCACCUAUCUCACGCUUUCUCAGGACCCCCAGCCGCUGGAAGCACCUGCUGUCGAGCUGGGGAACAAGGACCAAGCUGUGUGGAUCCUGCCUUCGGAGCCCACCGGGGAGCACUGUGAGAGGAAAGCCGAGACCCCCCUGGAAGCCGUCCUGCCCCAGGAGAGCGGGCUGGCGUACUACGUGGAUCUGCACGGGCACGCCUCCAAGCGCGGCUGCUUCAUGUAUGGCAACAGCUUCAGCGAGGAGAACGCCCAGGUGGAAAAUAUGCUGUUCCCGAAACUCAUCUCCUUGAACUCAGCUCACUUUGACUUCAUGGGCUGCAACUUCUCGGAGAAGAACAUGUACGCCAGAGACAAGCGGGACGGGCAGUCGAAGGAGGGCAGUGGACGAGUGGCUAUCUACAAGGCCUCGGGCAUCAUUCACAGCUACACACUGGAGUGCAACUAUAACACCGGGCGCUCAGUGAACAGCAUCCCCAUGGCCUGCCACGACAAUGGGCGGGCGAGCCCUCCACCCCCUCCAACCUUCCCCACCAAGUACACCGUGGAGCUGUUUGAGCAGGUUGGGCGGGCGCUGGCCAUCGCGGCGCUGGACAUGGCAGAAUGUAACCCCUGGUCCCGGCUCAUCAUGUCUGAGCACAGCAGCCUCAGCAACCUGCGAGCCUGGAUGCUGAAGCACGUGCGCAACCUGAAGGGCAUGGCUGCAUUCUCCCGCAAGAAAGGCUCCAACGGGCUGCCCGCCGGGAGCUCCGAGAAUGCCCUCUCCCGGGCCAGGAGCUACAACCAUGGCACCAGUGGGAGCCAGCAGAACUCGCCCCAGAUCAAAGCCUCACCCAGCUUCACCUUCAGCUGUAACAGGGCUGGUGGCCCCGCAGGCGGGAGUCAGAGCCCUCAGAAAGGCAGCCCGAGGGUCCUGGCACCGGUGAGAGAGCCCCGCGUGCAGGACAAGCGGCGCCAGCAGCACCUGCCUCUGCUGCGAGCAGCGACCAGCAGCGACCAGCCGCCAGCGCCUCUCCCUCCCUGUGCCAGGCGUCUGUCCCAGCCUCCGCCGCCCGCCGGCCUGCGCCCCUGCUCCCUGCCAGCCUCCCUCAGCCUGUCAGGGACCUCGCCCACAGGCACUAAGGCCGGGGCUCUGGUGAUCACCAGCCGUGGACUUCAGGCAGCAGAGCACGGCCGGGAAGAGCCGAAGACCCCCUAUGGCAUGGCGCUGGUGCAGAACCUUCCGAAGAGGCUGAGCUCCAGGAAAGUCCUAGAACCACCCAGCCUGGGGCCGCUGCGACCCAGCAGGAUCCCCGUCCGUAAGAAGGCAGCAGCAUGCGCCCCGAGUUUGCUGGGGCUCGGCAGCGAGAGCACCUCAGCCCUCAAGGUCUGGAAAUACACCCACGCUGGAGCCCUGGCCCAAAGGUCUCUGCCAGCAUUCCCAGAGGACACUGCAUCACUCAGCAUGGGGAUGCAGACAACAGAGCCGCUCUUCAUCUGCGACGACCCCGAGGGCCUGCUCAGCGAGCAUCUGCCCAGCCGGGCCCCAGACUCGCCCCCGCUCAGCUCCUACCACAAGAUCCUGUCCUUCUGCACUGAAGCCUGAGAGCAACCACCGUCU